AUGGCGGAGACGCAGCUGAUGUCGACGCAGCUGCUCCCGGCCGACGCGGAGCCUCCGGGCUCCGCCCUGCUCGGAGCGUCCGCGGCGUCGCCUCUGCUCGGGGGCACGGGCGGAGCGACGGGCGGAGCGACGCCGCUCGUCCCCGGCGCGACCAUCGCGGCCGCGCCGACGCUCGAGGUGAGCCCGUUCGGCGAGGGCGUCGCGCCCGCGGCCGCGGCGUCGCCGCCCGCGGCGUAUCGCGCGCGCGCGGACGACGUCGUCGUCGACGACGACUUCGCGGCCGCGGAGACGCAGCCCGUGGACGACGACGCGACGCAGGCGCCCCCGGACUGGACCGGCGACAGCGACGAGGAGGAGGACGCGAUGGCGGUGGACGCGGAGGACGACGACGACGCCGCGCGAUACGCGGGCGCGACGUGCCCGGCGCCGUCGAUGUCCGAGGAGGACGCGGACGACGACGACGCGUUCUUCGCCGCGGCGACGCAAGCGGUGGGACGAGCGCCCGCCGCGACGGCGGACGCGGAGACUGAUGGGAUCCGCGAGGACGGCGGAAAGCGCGACUUUUCAGAAGCGGCGGCGACAGCUGUCGCCGUCGGCGGCUCCGACGCCGACGCCGACGCGGCGACCGUCUCCACGGGCGUGCCGGACAGCCAGGCGACGUCCGCGGGCGGCGGCCGCGGCGGAAGCGUCGGCGGGCCCGCGCGGACACCGAGCGAGGGGUGGUACCGCAAGGCGUCCGCGUCGGCGCCGUCGGUCGAGAGGGCGCCAGCUGUCGUCGGCGGAGGAGGAGGCGACGGAGGGAAAGAAUCGGAAUCUUUCGGCGGCGGCGGCGGCGGCGGGAGCUCCGGCGCGCCCGGUUUCUUGACCACCGCGACGAAAGCCGCGGCGUGGGAGAACGCGGGCGGGAUGUACGUCGACACCCAAGCGAUGGCGCCGUCGAAGUCGGCGUCCGACGGCGCGGUCGAGGACUCGCAGCCUUCGGCGGCGGCGGCGGCGGCGGAUUCGGACUCGGACUCGGACUCGGACUCGGACACCGAAGAGCCCGAGUCCGCGCCGCAUCUCAUCGCGCUGGACCUCCCCCCCGCGCUCGUCCCCGCGGAAAUCAGCGACGACAGCGACUUGGACGACGACGACUUGGACGACGACGACGACGACCUGAACGCGCCGCCGCCGGCGUGGAGCGCGUACAGGCUCGACGGCGCGGGCGGCGUGAAGGGCGCGACGGGGAUCGAGGCGUUCGCGGACGUGGGGAAGGACAGCGACGAGGAAGAGAAGAAGCCGGAUCCGAGCGGGCCGAGACGGAGCGGCCGCGCGAGGAAACAGGUGUUGGCGUCGCCGCCGCCGGCGCCGGCGGCGGCGGCGAAGGGCGGCGGGGCGAGGAAGAAGGCGCGGUCGCCGUCGCCGCCGACGCGGUCGCGGUCGCGGUCGCCGUCGCCGCCGCCGGCGUCGCGGCAGUCCAUACCGACGGUGUCCGAGGCGAAGACGGACGUCCGGUGCUUGUCCCCGAGAGCGGCGAGGGCGGUGAUGGAGAGCGCAAAGAAGGCGGAGACGUUGCCGCGGACGGCGAAGCGGCGGAAAUCGUUCGAGGUGAAGGUGGUCUGGUCGCGGUCGCCCGCGGCGUCGCCGAAAUCGAAUCCGUUGGAAGUCGUCGAGGAGGAGCCGGGGGCGGGCGCGGCGCCCGUGCCCGCGGCGACGAGGAGCGUCCGCGGCGGGAAGCCUCCGCCGGCGAGACGCGGCGGCGGCGGCGGCGGCGGCGCGCGCACGUCGCCGGCGCGAAAGAAGCUGCGAACGGCGACGACGACCGCGGUCAAGGUGCUCGUGUCGUCCGCGCUCGCGGCGAAGGACGUCGAGGCGACGACGACGGCGAUAAAAAAACUCGGCGGCGAAGUCACGACGUCGACGAGAGACUUCACGCACUUUCUCACGGCGAAACCGCUCGGGCGGAGCAAGAACGUCCUGUGCGCGCUCAUGAUGGGACGACCGAUCGUCACGGAGACGUGGGUCACCGCGUCGACGCGCGCGGGAGGGUUCGUGGACGCGGGCGACCACUUGUGCCGCGACCUCGCGUUCGAACGCGCGCAAGGGUUCGACAUGAAGGCGACGCUGGAAAACGCACGCGAUAUGUGCGUUUUCCGUCAGCGACGGAUACACGUCAUCGCUCCAUCGAAAGGCGCGGUCGCGGGAAAAAUCGGUUUAAUCGUCGAGCUCGCGAGCAUCGCGAACGCGGCGGCGACGGAGACCGAGGCGGAAAAGUCGGCGCCGGACGACGUCGUGAUCGUCGCCGCCACGGGUGAAAAGUCGGCGCCGGACGAGCGCGUGUCGCGGCGGUGGAGGAACAAGGGCUACGACUUGUACGACCCCGAGGAUGUUUUGAGAGCGAUCGUGAAGCACCAGUGGAAGCCGCGGAGAUAA